CUCCUCUUCCUCCUCCUCGCUGUCCACUCCUUCCCUCCUUGCUCUUUGCCUCAGAUUGCAGUCCCUACACUUGUGCCCGUGUGUGUGUAUGUGUGUGUGUGUCCCGGGUACCUGAGAGACUGCUGUGAUGACCUCAGUAGGAAUACACAGAGGCUUCCUCAGAAAGUAUGGAGGCUUCAUGUUUAAGCAGUGGAAGGAGAAGUACCUCGUUCUAACAGUGGAGGGCAGUCUGCUGGUGUGCCGUGAUGCAGACUCUGCCGCUGACCAGGUGGUGGCACUGCAGGGCAACUGUGAGUCCAUUGUGGAGGGCCGGGAGAUCCUGGAUCUGCCCCGUUUGCCCCCAGGGGGCAGGAGAGACUGCUGUUUUGCCCUCAUUCUGCGUCAGGACAAGUUCCUGCUGCUGCUCUCCGACAGCCCUGAUGACUGCAGCCAAUGGCUGAAGCUCCUGCGGAAAGUCAGAGAGGGUGUGACCUCACCCAUGACGCUGCAGAGGCAGCAGAGUUUCGCCCCGUGCAUCACGGACAGAGAUCCGCUCCCUGACCCCCCCCUGGACGCCUCCCUGGACAAGGACUCGCCCACCUCCUCCCCCCGCCUCAGCGACAGGCCCCCGGCCUCCCCUCGGCUGCCCAGCAGGGACAACUCCUUCAGGGAAAAGAAAGGUCCAGUGCGCACUCUCUCGGUCCGCAGCGGCUCCGUGGCUCCACCGCAUCGCUCUGCCGACUGCCUUCGCCACGGCAACAGCAGCGAUGCGCGGGCGGUGCGUGCCGUCUGCCUCCUGAUGGGUGGGGCGGCCGCCACCUCCGCGCUGGGCUACCUCAACUCCUGCGCCGUGGCCGGACAGGCCUCCACAGGUGCCACUGGAGCCGGGCACGCCGGCGCCGAGCUCGGACACUCCGCCGGCUUCUCCGAGCUGGGUGGGGCCGGCUCGGGAUACCACGCCUGCGGUCAGGCAGCCGACGGACCCCACUUCAACAGCUUCGACUUUGAGGGUGACUCCGACUUUGAUGCGUUCGACUGCGGAGGGUUCGCUUUUUAGUCUGUUCUGUGUAUGAGUCCUUUGUGUGUCUGUGGGUGUGUGGGUGUGUAUGUGUGUGUGUGUGAGAGAGAGAGCAGUUGUAUACAUGUGUGUGGCUGUGUUUAUGUGCACAUGUUGGUGUGUGUGUGUGUGUGUGUGUGUGUGUGUGUCUGUGUGUAUAGAUAUAAGUAGACUAAAUAUUAUUAUUUACAAUCAGUAGUGCAGUGUUGAGGGAAACAAAAAGUUUUGUUGCAAAAUCCUGAAUGUUUCUGUAAUGUAUAUAUAUGGUUAUCCUCUAUACAUUAGGUUGAAUUUAUGUCAGUGGAGACUUGUCAAUGAUUCAAUGGAGACUUGUUUAACCACCUUGUGAGAACUUUAUACAGUUUUGUACAAGCCUCAGGUAGCUCUGUGUUCCUUUUGGCUAUUCAGAAAUCCUGGUGUUGACAGGUUAGUUGUAUAUUUUAACCCCAGUUUUCAGUGUCCAAAUCUCCCAUGUGUGUACCAGAAAUUACAGUGACUGUGUAUCAUGUUUUGUCAUACAGUUCAGUGCAUUUGUCAAUCUCCUGUAACAGCACAAUUAUUCUGCUCACAACCUCAACACCCCCCAUACACCCCCAGGUCUAUUUAGAUAGGAAUCGUCGUGUGUUACUCCUUGUUUCUCAGGUGUGCUAACAUGAGUAGAUGCACUGUGUCC